GGGUGAGUUCAAUUUCCUUUCUUUUUCUUUUUUUUUAAUAAAAAAUUCAAUUAUUUUCUUUAUACUAUAUAUACACUACAAGAAUUGAUAGUUUUUGCUGCGACUUUUUUGCAACAAUUUAAGUGUUGUUGGGAAGUAUAAUACAUUAUCAGCAAUAUUGUAACGAGAUCGUUGCUAAAAACAACAAUCACAUCCUUAAUUUUAGGUAGUGGGUGGUAAUUUUAUUUAAAUUUAAAAUAAUUAAAUACUUAAAGAAACAACUUCCUAAUAAUUCAAUAAUUUAACUCUAAUUUGCUAUAAUUUAACUCAGUUCUCUUAGUAAUUCAAUAUUCCAUUUUUUUAUAGGAAUUAAAUACAAAAUUUGAUAAUUUUACAGGAUAAAACUAUAUUAAACCCAAGAAAUAAUAAUAAUAAUAAUAAUAAUAAUAAUAAUAAUAAUAAUAAUAAUAAUAAUGCUUGUGCUUAAAAAAAUAAUAAAAGAAAUGAACUUCCUCUUACGGAAAAUAAAUAAAUAAAUCAGUACUUGUUUUGUGCCAUGGAGGAUGUAUAUGAUUUUUCAUAUAGCUCAUUACGUUUACACAUAAAUAAUAUUGUGGAUUAAAAAAAUAAAUAAAUUACAUACGUGCUGCAGUAUUUAAUAUUUAAUUUAUCCACAAUAAGUUCAAAAAAAAAACAUUGAAGACAAAAAAAAAAAAUUAUAUCAAUCAGGUAACCAAUUCAUGCCUAUUAGUGCUUAUAAAAAAAAAAAAAAUUCAUGCCUAUCACUAAGUAAGUAAUUCAUGUCUAUCGUGUAAACCAAAAAAAAUUCAUGCCUAUCAAUUAGGUAACUAACCCACCCUUUUUUUUUUGCAUCAGACUAAUCCACCGUAUUAAUUUAUAAAUCACUUUUUCUUGCUUAGUGACUCACUUAGUGGUGAGAAAAUGCUGGAAGCCAUGAACUUACAUUGCAGUUUUCUCACUGUAUAAUUUUUUAGGCGCUAAAUGAAUUGUAAAAUUUAGCUGCUGAAUUUAUUUUCAUUCUAAGAUGAAAAAUCAAAUGUUUCCACUAAUCAUAUAUGCUGCACUUUUUUUGGAAACUGCCAAUAUAGGAAACCAUUUCAAACCUCUACUCAUUUAUAAACAUUCUGUCAUGAAUCUAAAUAUGCUCUGCAAACUCCACUUGCUUACACCAUGAGAAUCUCAUAAUGGAGCAUCCAAAUCAUCAAUCAAAUUCAAUUCAUCCAAACCCUUCCAAGUGCUAAUAUGGAUUUACUUCAAAAAGAAUGUACCAAAAAAAAAAAAAUGGAAGAGGUAAAACUGCAGGUUUAGGUGUUGCAAAGAAAAAGAGGAAGAGUGCUACAGGAAAAUUAGAUGUUUUUAUUCCGGACGAUAAAAUGGUAGUCGUUGGGCCAGGAGCUUCUGGUUUUGUUACUGAAUUCUCCACUAUUACUAAGAAGCGUGCCCCUCUCAAUGUUGAGAAUUGGAAAGACAUUUCUGAAGAUGAUAAAGAAAAUAUAGUAUCAAAAGUUCUGGAUACUUUUGACAUUGAUGAAUGAGAGCAUAAUAGAGAUGUUAUACUUGAAACAUCAAGAAGACUCUCCCGAAAUCAUAGGGCAAGACUUCAUAGCCACUAUAAAAAAUUUGAAACAAAUGAGCAACCUUUAGAGAACAAACCUGAUGAAGUGGAUGAAGAUGAUUGGGCAUAUUUGGUAAAUUAUUUUUCAAGCCCUGAGUACAAGGCAAUGAGUGAAAGGAACAAAUCAAACAAAGCAAAACAAGUCAUCAAUUAUAUAUGUGGACGAAAAUCUUUUCAAGCUAUUAGCUAUGAUGCGAGAAAUCCUGAGACUUGAAAAGAGCCUAAUUUUCAAGAUUUAUGGCAAAUGACUCAUAUGAAGAAUAGUGGAGAAUGGAUAGAUGGAGCUAGAGAAGUUCAUUUGAAGGUCCAAGAAGCAACUUCUGAUAUAUUGCAAGACAUUAAUGAAGAUGUUGAUGAAGACCAAAUUAUUAAUGAGGCUUUCCAAUCAAUUGUGGGAAAGCGAAUUGGGUAUUGUCGCGGUCUUGGAGUUGGAAUUAAACCAACAAGAGGAAAAUCUUCAGCUUUAAAUCAAGAGUUAGCAAGUGAACGUAAAAAGAGACAUGAUAUAAAAAUAAAAUUGAAAGAGAGGUUGAAACUCAACUUCAAGAAGAGCGUCGCAAAAGACAAGAAAUGGAAACACAAUUCGAAGAGACCCAAAGACAGCUUGAAUAACCGCAUGGAGAAGCAACUUGAGGAAAAAUUGGCACAUAUUUUUUUUAGAAGGAAUCCUUUUACUGCUGGACAAUUUUCUAGUGUUAGGAACAAUGCAGCAUACCAUGAUCAUAGAGUUGAAAGUACUGGUAACAUAUGGGCACAAAGGGAAAUCAUGGAAGCUUCAACUACUUUACGAAGAGAGGGUCAAGAUAAAGUUAGGAGAUUUAAUUAAUAUAUGUUGUAAUCUUAUUUUAUAUUUUUCCUCAUUUUCUUGUGUUUCUGUUUUCUUUUUAAGUUUGGUAGAGAAAUUCGUGUGUUUCUUUGAAGGGAAACAAACAUAACUCUUAUGUAAACCAAAUUUAUGAUAUUUAUUUAUUUAUGUUAAUUAAAUUUAUUUA